UGUCUAUCACUCUUGCUCUGGCUAUAAUUUAGGGGUAGCUUCAAAAAGAUGCAAUUUCUCCAUCAACAAAAAUGUAUACAUUUCAUUAAUAACAAUUUGUCAUUGACAAAAUUCUUUAAGUUAGCUAUUGAUGGCUCUGGUUUCCUGGGCUAAGAAGGAGCUUUCUAAACUCAAACUCCAAAAUAAGCCUAAAAGAUUGACACUUCCUCAAACUUCCACCAAAUGUUUGGCACUUCCUCUGAUCCAGGAAGUGAUAUUAGAUGCAGAUCUAAGAUGUACCCACUGUCAAAACAGAGUUUCUAGUGUAAUUUCAAAUGUUGAAGAUGUGGAGUCUAUCGUGGUGCACGUACUAGAGAAGAAGGUGACUCUUAUUCGCAAAUCUACAAGUAAAUGAUGUUGAAAGCAAAUUCAUUCAAACAAACUACUUAGGCACUCAACCAUCAAUUAUGUACAAAUGGUUGUGAUCAUUAACGUGCGGUGUGUGAUCUACUUGCUUGUUGAAGAAUUUCACCUUGUGAGAAAUAAAUUGUUGACCUAAACAUUGAAGUUCUCAUGUAGUAGUAAUUAUUUCCUUCAACAAAAAACCAAUCAAUGAUUUACGUAAAAGUGAUGUGAUUAUUUUACUAUUAAUCAAGUGUAGACAUUAAAAUUUUGUGAGAAUUUACAAGACGGGUUUAAUUCGAA